UGGUGGAGUGGGACAGUCCUGGACACAGGGGUCCACGCCUACAUCAUCCCAUCCUCGCUGUGUGAUCAUUAACUCAACACACAGGAAAACUCCUGGGAGAUAAGAUUUUCCAUGGCGACAGUUUAUCGGUGUACAUAUUUUGCUCUUUUUCUUGUUUCCUUUCAUUUCCUGACUACAUCAUUUGCCACCCGAGAUGACCUCAUAGUCAGUACCAAACAUGGGAAAGUUCAAGGGAAGUUGUUGUCAGUGUUGGAUGGUGAAGUGAGAGCGUUUCUUGGAAUUCCAUAUGCAAAACCACCCCUUGGGAAACUGAGAUUUAAAGCUCCACAGGCAGUAGAGAAAUGGGAGGGUGUGAAAGAUGCCACCAAACAUCCUAACUCUUGCCACCAGGUGAUCGAUACAACUUUUCCAGGUUUCGUGGGCGCAGAUAUGUGGAACCCAAACACCCCUCUGAGUGAAGAUUGUUUAUAUCUAAAUGUCUGGUCCCCAGUUUUCAACAAAACCCCACCCUCAGCACUGCCUGUCCUUGUUUGGAUCUAUGGUGGUGGCUUUGUUGCAGGAACAUCAUCCCUGGACGUUUACCAAGGUCACUUCCUGAGUAAAUCUGAGGGUGUUGUUGUAGUGUCAAUGAAUUACAGAGUAGGAGUUUUUGGCUUCCUUUCUCUUCCUAACAACAAUAACAUCCGUGGAAAUAAAGGCCUGCUUGACCAGCGCUUGGCCCUCAAAUGGGUGGCUGAUAAUAUCGCUGGAUUUGGAGGUGAUGCUUCAAAGGUGACGAUAUUUGGGGAGAGUGCUGGGUCAGCAUCCGUGGGCUUCCACCUGCUCUCUCCAGGUAGCCAUGGGCUUUUUCAAAGGGCUGUGAUGCAGAGCGGCUCUCCCAAUGUACCAUGGGGUAUAAGCAGCCAGAGUGAGGCAUGGGACAGGUCUCUUAGGUUGGCAACAUUACUGGGUUGUCCCACGUCUCAUCAAGCUCGUUUGGAGAUUUGUCUGCAGCAGGCUGAUCCUGAAAAGAUUUCAACGAAGCAGUUCGACGUUCUAACAGAGCCUGCACUAAUAGCCUUUCCCUUUGGUCCAGUAGUUGAUGGUGACUUCCUAGGAGCUAACAUUGAAGUGUUGCUAAAUAGCAGCAGCCUUCCAAAGAAAGAGCUGAUGAUUGGCAUAAACAAGGAUGAAGGGACCUACUUUCUUCCUUAUGGCAUUCCCGGUUUUGGCCUAACUGGUCAGAGUCUCAUCACAAGGAAUCAGUUCCUGUAUGGUGUGGGACGAACAAUGACCAGUGCAAGUAAUGUUGCUAAAGAGGCAGCUAUUUUUCAAUACACUGACUGGACUGAUGAGGAAAGCAGGAUGAAAAACCGUGACUCACUGGGUAGUCUGGUCGGAGAUCAGAUGUUCUCUUGUCCUGUUUUGGAGUUUGCUGAGAGGUACUCCAAAAAUGGCGGUAAGACCUUCCUAUAUUUUUUUGACCACCGGUCAUCUAUCAAUCCUUGGCCAGAAUGGAUGGGUGUUAUGCACGGCUAUGAGAUAGAGUUUGUCUUUGGAAUGCCUCUGAAUAUAUCCUUUGGAUACACAAAGAAUGAAGUUAACAUGACCAAGAAGUUUAUGAAACACUGGGCCAACUUUGCCCGGACUGGGAAUCCAGAGAUUGAUGGCGCUCCCUGGCCUACAUUCACCCAUGAGAAACAGGAAUAUGUCACUCUGAACUACAACCAUCCAGAAAAAAUGAUGAGGAUGAAGGCUAAAGAGUGUCAGCUCUGGAACAAAUUGCUGCCUCAAAUUCAGAACAUCUCAGAUGAGCUGGUGUCUUGUUUAAAUGGAAGUGGGAUGUUUCUGCAAAAUAAUAACUUGGUUCUCUUCAUUUUAAUGGUUGUAAUUUUAUUCUAAUGACUAAAGGAGUACCUGCAUUCUCCUGAGCUGUGCCAAUUGUGUGAUGAAUAACUGAGAAGAUUUUAAGUUGCUAAAAUAUACUGAUUCAGUAGAGUGCAUAAAUAUAUCAUGGCAUUAUUUGAUAUGGGACUGUUACUUUUUUCAUCAUUGGAUAAUAUUCAUUGAUGUUCAGAUAUGGCAAUAACUCUCUCUAGAUAUAACUUAAAAAUAGGACAUAAGACACUGGUCGGUAGUGCAAAUUUGUAUUUUCAUUUUAAAGGAAUCAUAUUAGGAAACAAAGAGCAGUUGCUAUACAAAAUGCUAAACACAAUUUGAAACUAAUAACAAGAACAACAUUACUAAUAACAAUUAUAAUAAGAACAAUUGUAUUAUUUUUAAAUUGGCUCAUAUUUCAAUAAGUUCACCCUCUAAAGGCUAUGAUCUGUUUUGGAGGACCUAUUGUUUUAGUUAUUUUUCAUAUAUUUGACUACAUCAGAAAGACAACCAGGAUUAUUGACUUGCACUGAUGCACUGUAAUAAAACUGAUCCAUAAAGACUGUGUAAUGGAAAAUAAAGGUGGUAUAAAAUGGU